UGAGAAAAAUCUUUCUGUUUCAGAUAUGAGACCAAGAAAUUGUGUACGCUGUGCAGUUCCUUGAUCACCAGUGAAGUAUACUUGCUGAGUCAUCUUCGUGGCCGCCGUCACCAGGAGGCACUGAAGGCACUUCACCAGGCUGAUGUUGUGUCCACUGAAGAUAGUGAAACAUACAAUCUGAAGCACAUUGUUGAUGCUCCUGCUAAUAUUGAUGAUCCUCAGGUGACAAGAGAUAGAGAAAGACAUAAAGCUCUAAGGAGAAGAUGCAGAAAGAUUAGAACACGAAUGAUUACACGUGGAAAAGAAUACAACAGUGCCUUUAAGCCAGCGCCUCGUAGAGACUCUCCCAAUAAAGUGCGCAUCAUCAAGGCUUUGCAACAGAUAUCAAAACUUGUUACUAAUCAGGGAUCUGGCCCCUGGCCUAGUGCUGACCUAGCAGCUUUAGAUAGGCCUUUACUGGAGUUGGCAAGGAUCAUGGAGAAAAGAGAGACUGCAGAUCAGAUGAUGUUUAGUGCUCAAGAUGGCUUCUCAAAAAUUGAUUCUGUUUUGAAGGCUAUUUUAGAUUCGACUGAACAAAGACCUUGUGUGUUACCAGCAAAAUCUUUGGGAUACAGUGGUCGUGUACUCCUUGGAGUGUGCAGAAAAAACAUGGAUAACUGCAGACAUACUCUGUACUCCAAUUUGGUUGGCAAUUUGAUUGACUAUCUGAUGCAGCGUCUCAGUGAACUCGUUAUUGAAACAACAAGGGUAGGAAGUAACAGCAGUAUAAACACAAUUGCUAAUCUUCCACCUGAUGCAGCUUCGGCAGCUAUAUUUGAGGUUUUAUCAGAAGUGGUUUAUGUGUUGUGUGAUGGUGAUAUACAGCCUGCUGUAGCCUCACAAGAUAAAGGAGUCAAAGAUCAGGCAGAUUUCACUUGGCAACGGCUUCAGGUUGGUUACUAA